AGCCGUUUCGGCUCAGCCUGGGCCCCAGCCCAGAGGGUGAGCGCUCGAUGCCGCUUCCCACCUGAGCAGGGGCCCUCGCGCGGCGCCCAUGAGCCGCUGCGAGGCGGCUUCCACUCUGGGCGAAGGAGGCGCGAGCGCGAGUUCCAGCUCUCGCAGGUGCGGGUUCUCGCAGACGCUGCGCGCCGUGGACCUUGGCGUGGUGAAGUUGUGCGGCGCCUGCCUCCUCGAGAUCGGCGACGAUGGCGGCACCGCCGAGGAGAGGCUGAGGAAGGGGCAGGACAUGAGGGGCCUCAGGCGGCAGAUGAAGAGGCUGGCCCGCGAGGCCAAGAACGACGACGAGCUCCUGGCGGUGCUCGACUGCUGCCACCCAAGGCACAUCUUCCACGUCAGCUGCAUCGCGAGGUGGGCGGAGCGCGAGAACUCCUGCCCGCAGUGCAAGCAGCGCUUCUCGGAGUACGCGGUGUACGGCCAGGAGCUGCAGCUGUCCCGCGUGGCCGCCGUCGCGGAGCGGCGGCCCGCGGCGGCCGGGCAGCCGUGCGGGAAGGGCAGCCCCGGCGACGCGGAGGAGUUCGAGGGCGACGACGAGGCGUGCCGGCUCUGCAACUCGGCCGACGACGAGGCCGCCAUGCUGCUCUGCGACGGCAGGAACGGGCUGUGCAACGCGCCGUACCACUACUACUGCCUCGGGCUGCAGAGCAUCCCCGAGGGCGCGUGGUACUGCCCUCCCUGCCACGCGGCGCUGCUGACCGGGAAGGGCCCGGAGACGGGUCACAACCGGAGCAGGUCGCCGUCGCCAGCCCUGCCCGCCGGCGCGGGCUCGUCGGACGACGAGUCGGAGUCGCAGGCCGUGGACCCCUCCUGGUCGGAGGACGAGAAGCGGGCGUUACGAGAGGCUCCAGGAGAGUCCCAGCUCCCUAGGCGGGCGGAGGGCGAGGGCGAGGAGGAGGAGGCGGAGGAGGAGGCCAGCCUCGCCUCGGUCGCCGAGCAGGAUCUGCAAGGCGUCGGCGACGCGGAGCUGCACCCAGAAGGGGAGUUCCGAGUGCCCCCGGAGGUGCUGGAGCAGACGGAGGAUACCGACGAAGAAAGCUCCAGCGAGGAGAUGACCUCUUCCAACGAGCCGGCGCGGAAGCGGAGGCGGAGGACCCCGCGGCUGAAGGAGAACGCCUGCAUCACCGUGCGGAAGAGCUUCAUGUCCAACAGCUUGGACUCCGUGAAGCUCAGGAGAGGGCUGACGGGCCUGGUGUACAAGAUGGACCGGCACGGCGACGCCCUGGUCGAGUUCGACGACCACCCGAAGCCCGAGUGGAUCCGGCAGCACAACUUCCACAGGCUCUGCGUCAAGCGAGGACGGCCGCCGGCCCGGCGCCGACAGCAGCCCGACAGCAGUGCUGCCGACAGGAUGGACAUCGAGGGCGUGCCGGCUGCCCCUGGGCGCCGGCGCAAGCGCGGCCAGCGCCAGGCCGACGCCCCCCCGCCGCGCGGGCGGGGCCGAGCGCGG